UGGGGGGAUGGCUUUCGCCCCUCAGCCCAGGCCCCCCGUCUCUUUUGGGGGGCCGGGUGCGGGCGCGGGCUCCGGGAGGUGUCCGCACAAAAGGCCGACGAAACUCGCGUCGCCUCCCUCCUCCCGCUCCCCGCCCCCUCCGCGCCGCUCCUCAUUCAAACCCGGCGGCCCGCGGUGUCAGUGCAGCCCGGCCGCCGCCGCGGAGGGAUGGCCGCGGAGCCGGCCGCAGGUUUUGGAAAUCCCUCUCCUCCACAUUGCCGGGAUUGACUUCUUGCUCAAUUGAACCACUCAAUGGAGACAAAGAGAACUAAGGCUUUGUGCUGAUUCACAUUUGAAUCACAGCACUGGCCGUCUGUAUGCCUUGUUUGUGGGCAGAGCCAGUGACAGUCUCCAUCACUGAGCUUCUCCCAAAUUUAGGAAGAUAAGUUAGAGGAAU